CGAGGACAGGCGACGGAUUUGGAGGGUGGUGCGGCCAGGCGCGGCCUGGGGCAUGCCCUGCAGGUAGCGACGUGCCCGGGGUGCUCGACGUGCCCUCGCCAGUAGUUGUCCGGAGACCGAGUCACCGAGUCGCCACCAGCAGCACGCAGCACCGGCCCAGCUGCCCGGCAAGCUGCCCCAUAGCAAAGCGAAGCAAAGCCUUGUUUUGCUGAGUCGGUCGUUCCGUGCGCUUUGGUUCGCGACGUGCUUGCCGGGCAUCCGGUGGCGCGCGCCGCCAGGCCGUCAGGCCGUCAGUGGCGACAACUGUGGAGAGAGAAGACUCAAGAGGUGCCCUUUGCUUUCGUCACCAACGAGAGGCUCAGAUGUGGCUGGUGCUGGCGGUGUGGGCGGUGUGGGCGCUGUGGGCGGCCUGGGGGCUGUGGGGCCGCGGGCCACGCGGGCUGCCCCCGGGGCCGUGGGGGCUGCCCGUGGUCGGCUACCUGCCCUGGCUGGACCGACUGCGGCCCCACGAGACGCUGACGGCGCUGUCGCGGCGCUUCGGGCCCAUCUUCACCGUGCCCAUGGGCGGCGUGCGCGCCGUGGUGCUGGCCGAGGAGGCCCUGGUCCGCACCGCGCUGGCCCGCGAGGCGUGCUCGGGGCGCGCGCCGCUGUACCUCACGCACGGCCUCAUGCAGGGACACGGGCUCAUCUGCGCCGAGGGCCCGAUGUGGCGUGAGCAGCGUCGCAUGGUGGCGGGCGCGCUGAAGAACCUGGGCGCCGUGAAGAGUGCCGGCCCGCGCAGGGACCGACUGCAGGCCCGCAUCAGCAAGGGAGUUAGCGCGCUGCUCGAGAGCCUGACGGGCCGCGAGGACGUGGAGGACGGCGUGGACCCCCACGGCCACCUGACGGAGGCCGUCGGCAACGUGGUGAACGACGUGGUGUUCGGGCGGACGUGGGCGCCGGACGACCCCACCUGGCUGUGGCUGCAGCGCAUCCAGGACGAGGGCACCAAGCUCAUCGGCGUGGCCGGCGCCAUCAACUUCCUGCCCUUCCUCAGGCUGCUGCCGCAGAACGGGCGCGUGAUCCACUGGCUGAAGGAGGGCCAGCGCUCGCAGCACGCCCUGUACGCCGACCUGGUGGCCGAGGCGCGGGCGGCGCUCGCACCGCAGGGGCCGCCGCGCCAGGACGACGACGACGGCGUGCAGGGCGUCCAGGACGGCGACAACCUCCUGGGCGCGUGGCUGCUGGAGGCGACGCGCCGCCCGGACAGCCCCUUCUACACCGACCGCCAGCUGCACUUCCUGCUGGCCGACCUGUUCGGCGCCGCCCUGGACACCACCGUCACCACGCUGCGCUGGCUCAUGCUCUUCGUGGCCACGCACCCCGAGGCGCAGCAGCGCGCGCACCGCGAGCUGGACGAGGUGCUGCAGGGCCGCGCGCCCACCCUGGACGACCUGGCGUCGCUGCCCUUCGUGGCGGCCACCAUCAUGGAGACGCAGCGCAUCCGCUCCGUCACCCCGCUCGGCAUCCCGCACGGCGUCAGGGAGGACACCGUGCUGGAGGGGUACGUGAUCCCCAAGGGCACCAUGCUCAUCCCCCUGCAGUGGGCCAUCCACAUGGACCCGUCGCGGUGGGGCGACCCCCAGGAGUUCCGGCCGGAGAGGUUCCUGGGCGAGGACGGCGCCGUGCUGCGCCCCGACGGCUUCAUCCCCUUCCAGACAGGAAAACGCAUGUGCGUGGGCGACGAGUGGGCCAGGAUGAUGCUCUUCAUGUUCAGCGCGGGGCUGCUGCAGCGACUGCACCUGUCGCUGCCCGACGGCGAGGAGGCGGACCUGGAGGGCGUCUGCGGCAUCACGCUCACGCCCAAGGACCAGCGGAUUCGCUGCGCCGCCCGGAAUCCUUAGAAGAAAUGACGGAAUAAAGCACGAGAAGGAGAAAAGUGUGUCUGGUUUCAUUUCCAGUGCCCAAAGAGAGACUGAAAAACUGAGUCGGGUGACCAGGGCACCCGGUUUCCGAGCACCCCUUCCCGUUCUAUGGGAAUAGAGUACAGUCCGGCCGCCCCGCCGCCGCGCCCUCGGGACUCAACAACGAGUGCACGACGGAGAAAGUCCCGUCUGGUCGCCGGCGGCCCGGCAGACCGACUCCAAACGUCGCUCUGUCUCUCUCGCACUCGCGGGGCGCUCCGUGUGGGUGCGAGAGAGACAGAGCGACGAGACGCUUUGCGGAAUCAGUCUGCAGCAAGGCAGAGGCGGCCGAGCGGGACGGGGCUCCUCUCGCGCCGGCGCCCGCGAGGGUGGCCGCAUUCGAAUUUCAUUCUGUCAAUAUCCCAAACGCCUCGAAAAAAGUAAUAAAAAUGAGAAACUGU